CACAAUUCCUCUUUUUUGCCUGACUUCUAUUCUUCUGCUUCCGCUCCAUCUUCGCUCAUUUAUUGCUUCUAAACUAAAUAUUCCACCUCGAGAUUCAUCCCUGAGCGAAAACGAGAAAAUACAUUAAUGAUCUUUAAGCCCAUUCUUCUGAGUUGCUUUGCAACCUUGACGCUGGCUUUAUUCAGUCAGAAUAAUAAUCAAGCGGUGCUUAGCAGAGGACUUUUAACUAGCCUGGAUACGACGAACCCCAAUGAUCACGGUGAGGCAAUUUUCGAGAACCCAAAGAACCAUGCUUCAGCUGUCGCGAGUAUCCUUGUUUACAGCGCUAAUCAAGCAGGAUUCCGGCCUCGGGAACGAGGGAUUUUGGAUAGGACAGAGACAUUUGAGAAUUAUAUCCGCAAAGCGAUCGAUUUCCCUGGGUUCACAAAAGCCUAUACAGAAUAUGAGCCAUUAGAGUUAACAGGAGACGUUCAACAGUUUGAGCAAGAGGUGAUCAAGAAGUAUUCAUCGAAUAUAAAUAAGAAGGAAGAGAUUGCAAGGGCUUUAACAGGACUAUUGAACAGUCUCAACAAGGUGGACCUUGGUACUAAAAAAAAGUUCCAGAGUCAAAAGGAUUGGUUAUUAACAUUGACAGUAAUCAACAAACCAGUGAAUUAUUAUGUGACCGUAACAGAUGUAAUUAAUGUGAGCUUGAGUUUAUUGAUGGACACAAAGACCAAUACGUUUCGACUGAAUCGACAACAUGCAACCUUGGUGGUGGUUCGGUUUGCGACCAAUCCAGAGUUUUUGAACCAGUUUGCGAAGCAGAUCAGUAGUAAAAUCCCGACAGUCAAGGUCCAGGAGGCAUUGACAACAUUGUCGACCGGUGGACUGAAGAACUAUAAUUAUGUUUGUAGCAGCAUUAACAACAACGACAACAACGGCAACGAUAGCAAUGGCUGGAAGAUUCAAGGCCCAGAAAGCUUGACAGGAACUUGGGAUUGAAUCCUAUAAGGUGCACGAAUGACACGUGAGAG